AUGAAGGACAAACAAACCUCUAAUAAUGAGGAACAAAAGAAACAGAAAGAACUGGUCGAACUAUUGUCAAAUGUGGUCAUUCGAACUUUGUCCGAGACACAGGGCCCAUGGAACCACUACUACAGGAUGCCACCUGCCUAUGGUCCGCCACCUGAAGGUGAAAUGCACCCCGUGCGAAAUCCAGAUCCCAGAAACUUUACGGAUAAGCAGAGUGGUGGGAACAAACCAGAGGAUGCAACACCAAACACAGCAAAGAACGACGUUCGAUCAAUGCAACCUCCGGCAUUCUACGGAUCCAAUUACAUGAUGGUUAAUCGGGUGUUUUGGACUCGUCUGUUCCCGUUGACGGUGAACCCACAACUCAUCCAUGAGACUCUUUAUAAAAUGUUCGCCACUGGUGACCUGUAA